CAUACACAGCUGGAUGUAUGUAGCUAAACCUGGACAAAAUAUUAUAUUUUUUAAACUUUUAAUCCGUUUCCAACAAAUAAGUUUCCAUCCAAUUUGCUACCAUUAAGCGACUUGUCGAAAUUUCCAAGAUCAAAGUCAAACAAAAAUAGAAAUAGUGGGUAGCUAAGUAUUUAAUUAAAUAAAUACACUUUAAAUAAAAUAAAAAACUAAAAUUUAGUCAAACUUGACUAAAAAGGAGGAUGACAUUACAAUUGGGUGACAUUUAAUUUAUUAAAGCACUCUUAAAAAUCCAGUUACGAUUAUUACCAGAAAAUUAAAGUUAACACCACUGGGAAAAAUGUAACACCAGUUGGCGACAACGAUUUUCCAAGUAGUGAUACAUUUAUAAUCAGUCGGUGACAAACUUAGAAUCACGCCGGUUGAGUCGUAUGUAUACGUUUACUUCCUGGUUAUAAUCCUAUAAUAUAUAUAAUAUAUAAUAUAUAUUAUAAUAAUAAUAUAUAAUAUCCCUCAAAUAUCCCUCAAAUAUCCCUUAUAAUAUAUAAUAUAUAAUAUAUAUAUUAUAAUAUAAUAUAUAAUAUAUACUUUAUAAACUUUUUUUGUGGGGGAUGUUCGAGCAACGAGGAAAAAUCCGACCGGUCCAAUUUAUUCUGUGAAGGAGGACUCUUUCAUCCUGGAGAGCACCAUUCCCACAAACCCAAGCGAUGUCUGGAAUGCGAACUUACGUCCGGACGGUAUCGUUCCUGUCGUUGUCCAUCCAGACCUCGUCUCCGGAAAGGAUCCGGAUGCCCUCCGACCCCUCAAGACGGAACAACAGGAAGGGAUCCAAUUCCUGUGGAAGUGCUAUGAACAAAACCAAGGCGGAAUCUUAGCAUAUGACGUCGGACUUGGAAAAACCCGAACGGGCGUCACUCUUAUCGCCACGCUGCUCGAACAAUCCCCCAAAGUAGAGGGAAAAGCACCCCCGGGGGAAAAAAGUUCUUGAUCCUCGCCCCCAAAAAUGGUGUGUCCGUGUGGGAAGACGAAUUCCCAAAAUGGUGUCCUUUCGAAAUAUCCUGCCAAGUUGUUGUCGUCCGACCCGGACAGGUUAACGGAUGGCAGAUCGUAACCGAUUUUGUCAAGCCAACAAACCCCUCCAAAGUUCUGGUCAUGUCGUACGAGUCAUUUCAAAAGUACAACUCUUCCUACAACGAUGGAGUUGCUUCCUAUCAGCCAAACAGUGUCGAUCUCGUCAUCUGUGACGAAGCCAACGUCUUAAAGAACGACGCGACUAACCGUGUCAAGAAUUUGAUAACUUUCAAAGCCCCCAAAGUAUGGAUGGGUUUCACAGGGACGCCAUACCAAAAUAAUGUCGCGGAACGUUGCAAUUUUGUGAGAUUCUUUAGAAGAGGGACGCCACUGGAUGUUCCCUCUUACCAGGCACAACAUUGCAGGGUGAUAACUUCAGAGCUAGAGCGGCAUGGAAAACUGGUUUCACUAGAGGGAAAACAAAUGUUACUAGAUCUCCGCCAAAUAAUCCCUCCCGUCAUGCACUUUCGGAUCAAUACACUAAACAUCGAACGUCACGAGAUAACCCUAUGCAUCCCACUAGCCGGACAUCCGGACUACUACAGAAACCACCACAAAUUUUGCAACACCGCCUCUACCGCGGACUUAUAGACAAAUUCGUAACCAUGGACAGAGAUGAUAUGGCCUUUUUUGCAAAGCUGUCCUACCUUCAUAAAGCCUGCAUUCAUCCAACCGACUUAAAAAAGGCGAUGGAUAACCACCCACAAAUUUUUGAAGAGCUAAUUCAGCUCUAUGAAUCCGUCAUUUCACCAGAAGAAUUACAACAUCCGCAAGCUUACCAGUUUUUGCCGCUGCAUUCCGCAAAACUUGCCGUGGUUUCUAAAAUGGCCAAGUAUUUGAAGGAUCAUCACCCCCAAGAAAAGAUGGUCAUCGUGUCCAACUCCGUCGUGCUUUUGAACAUGGUCAAGUACUUUUUUAAUAACACGCUAGACGUUCGAGUCGUCACGAUGGACAGAAAAGUGAGGCAGAGCGGGUCCGAUGUUUAAAAACGUUUGAUGAAAAUCCGGAUGUACAAUUCCUCCUGUUAAGUUUGAAAGCUGGCGGGACAGCGCUCACCCUCACGGCGGCGAAUCAUCUGGUCCUCAUGGACCCAGAUUAUAAUCCUGCGAACGAUCGCCAAGCGUUUGGAAGGAUUUAUAGGUUAUCACAAUCCCGACCGGUGUUUAUUUAUCGAUUGCUGGCCACAGGCACGUUAGAGGAGCACAAAUAUGUUCACCAAUUGGGGAAAGAGGACAUGGCGAGAUGUUUCAAGUCUGAGGAGGAAUCCGGGUUUCGAGCUUACUACAAGCAGGAUGACAUGCUUAUCUACCAUGACGACACGAGAUCAUGCAUUUCCACCUUGCUCGACAAAAUAGAAAUUGACUCUUUCAACGAUGAGGAAAUUGACUCCAUAUUUGCAGAAGAAAUUGCCACGUCGGCGAAAUAUCGGGAUGUUCACGAAGUUCCGUACCUCCUCGCCAUGGUCAAAGAUAUUUUUGGCUUUAUCAGCUACGCCUUUCACUCUCAGAGGAUCCCAGACAAAGCCGAGCAGCUUAUUCUUGAAGAUUAUGAGGGAAUGCCACUUAGGAUUAGAUUUUUUUAAAACUAUUUCCACUGGAGAGUCUAACCUCUCUGCAAGUAACGCUGUCUUCACCUGCGACCCUAAACCACCCGAAGAGGAAGUGAAGGUGAGCUUUUGGGUCAGGGAGGCGACACCACAUUUAGCCAAGGUACUCUUCCCUACCAUCUCUCGACUCAACAGGAAUAUGGACACGACCACUUGGAGGAUGACACAUUCGAUAAGGUCAGGUCAAGGUCAUGUCUGUUUC